AAAUUCCGACGAUGAUCGAAGCGCAGAAGAGAGAGUCCAGAAGAUGACCGAAGCGCACCAUGGCAACAAGCUCAGCUGAAAACUUUAGCAGUCCACCUCACAAAAGUUUAAAGAUCAGAUACACCUUUCUCUUAUUGCUGGUGGCUUGUGUAUCAGGAGCUGUUGAAAACAGCGAGGAUCAUGUUUUCAAACAUAACCAUGAACAUAAUGCAAAUACAUUCCUUGGCUCUGAGGACAAAGAUGAAAUACAGAAACUCAGUCCAUCUGAGCAGCGCAAGCGGCUGGUGGAGAUAGUGAAGAAGAUUGACACCAACUCUGAUAAAUAUCUGACUCCAGAGGAGAUCACAGUAUGGAUACAGAGGGUGUACAGAAAAUAUGCACUGGACGAUGCUGAGGAGCGCUUUCCUGAGUUUGACUCCAACAGUGAUGGCUUGGUAUCUUGGGAUGAAUAUAAUGUUGUCAUGCACGGUCAUAUUGUGGAAGUGGAUGCAGACGCUGUACUUGAAGACCCAGAGGAAGAGUCUCUCAGAUUUCUCCACGCAAAGGAAAAAAGACGUUUUGAUUUUGCCAAUAUGGAUGGAUCAUCUGGUCUGAAUCUAACAGAGUUCCUUGCAUUUACUCAUCCAUCUGAGGUGGACCACAUGGCUGAUUUUGCCAUUGAAGAUGUGCUAUCUGAAUAUGACAUGGAUAAAGAUGGGUUCAUCAGCUUGAGUGAAUUCAUUGGAGAUCUCAGAACAAAUGAGCAGGACGAGCCGUCACAGUGGGAGAUUGAGGAGACAGUGCGGUUUAAAGAUCUCUAUGACCAGGAUCAAGAUGGAAAGCUCAACAGGGAUGAACAGUUGCGCUGGGUCGCUCCAAAUAGCUAUGGCUCUGCAAGAGAAGAAGCCCUUCAUCUAAUCAAGGAAAUGGACCACGAUGGGGAUGAACGGCUCUCGGAGACAGAGAUUUUAAAAAACCAAGACACAUUCAUGCACAGUGAAGUGACAGAUUAUGGAAGACAGCUUCACGUGCCACAUGAUGAACUGUAAUAGUAUUUUUUUAUAAAUAGUUCUUAUGGUGCCAUGAAGAAAGUUUACUUUUACUGAUUUUUUUUUGUAAGAAAACUGGGCCAAUAGUUAAGUGCAAAAUGCUAAUAAAAGUUGCCAGUGGUAAAUGUAUCCCAU